AUGACGUUUUACACGCAGUCAUUGUCUGCUCAGAUCGCUAUUACCACUGUGUUCUCCAUACUAGUGCUAAUCAGUGUGAUUGGUAACAUUUUGGCCUGCGUUGUGAUCCUCGCUAACCGAUCCAUGAGAACACCCAUGAAUUAUCUCAUACUUAACCUGGCGGUAGCAGAUAUCAUGGUGGUGUCUUUCGUGGCUCCACGCUUCAUUUUCAUUCACGCGUUCGAUCACCCAGACGGUCUGGUGGGAACGCUUAUAUGCAAACUGUUCACUGGCAGCAAUUUCAGUUGGUUGGGCGGCUCGGCGUCUGUGUAUUCCCUGGUAGCCAUCUCUGUUGAGCGUUACUUUGCCGUCGUCCACCCCUACGGUAGCCGCGGCAAGCUAACGAUGAAGAAGGUUAAAUAUGUCAUAGUAGGCUGUUGGGUUCUCGCUGUAGCGUUCAACCUGCCGUUGUUUUUCACAAUGCAGUAUAAUCCGGGGAUUGACUUCUGCACCGAGUAUUGGCCAGCUAUGUGGAUGGCUCGUGUUUACAGCACCUCCUGGUUGAUUCUUUUCGGCGCGUUGCCCAUUGCUCUCAUGACCGGGCUUUACACACGGGUCGUUAAGCGGCUUUGGUUCAAAAAAGCACAAGGUUCUCGCGUCACGCAAGCAGCGGUUCUAAAGUCACGCAAACGCGUAACAAAAAUGGUGAUCACGGUGAGCUUGGUAUACAGCAUCACGUGGUUUCCGGUCCUUAUUAUCUACAUGUUGAACUACUUUCACGAUUCACAGAAGUAUGGCAACAUUGUCUAUAUCGUCGGCAUUGUAAUUGUCACCCUCAACUCGUGUGUUAAUCCCUUCGUUUACGUGUUUGUAAAUGAGCGCUUCAGAAACCACCUGAAGCGGCUGUUUCGGCUCCCAUGCCAUGCGAAUCAAACAAACUUGGAGAGGGGCGAUCCAACGAAUGACGGAGUAGAUAGCAGUUCACAAUAUCAGAGACCAGCCAUUUACGUAGCUGCUCAAGAACUAGAGCUCUGCUGAUAAUGAUGUUUGCUGAGAUGCCUUUGCACACUGCAUCAAGGAGAGAGGCGAUCACAUGUAGAUGGAAGGCUAAGGGUGAUGAUCUUGGGUUUCCGAUGGGUCAAAAUGAUAUCGUUAUCAUUUGAUAAGAAUAAUCCUCCAAGAGUUACCGAUGGGCCUUAUGUGAUAAGGCAACCAACCUUUCUGUGCAUUCAUCUUCCAUUUCUUUAAUAGCUCGUUACCCAUUUAGGUAUCUAUUUAUUCAUUUAUCCACUUCUGUAACCGUAAAUAACCUCGUAAACUGAAAUAGAUUUAAGAAAUAAAAACAGGGUCGGAUCCAGGAUUUUUUUUCUUAGUGGGGGGGUGCACCUCUAAAAAAUCACGAAACUGACGGGUGAGGUUGGCACUUUUUAAAAGCAAGCAACGAAGAAGACUCAUGACAAUGCAUUAGCAUAAUGUGAAUUGCCAAUAAUACACGGCAAACAAUACAAAAGACUUUGUACAACCUUCUAUUAGAUAGCCGCAGGUGAUAUUAAGGGAGGGGGUACGCACCCCCUGCGCCCUUCCCUUAGAUUCGGCCCUGAAAUGGGUCUCAUAGAUGGUGACGAAAGUUCACGAUGACUCUAGAAAAUAGUAAAUAGUUCAAGGGACAAAGAAAUAGUCUAUACCGUAGAAUGACCAAUUUGUGAAAUUCUAAAGGGAAUAAUAAACAAAUUCAGGUCGAUAUGAUCGGCAC